AUGUCUGGGCCCACCACGUGCUGCCGCCGCUUUCCCCUGCUGCUCGUCCUACUCCUCUUCCUCCUCGCCGGCGAGGGCCGCUCCCAGCCGGCCGCCGGCACCGGCGCCGGCCCCAGCGACCGCGACACGCUGCUCGCCAUCAAGAAGGAGUGGGGCAGCCCCCCGCAGCUCAGGUCCUGGGACCCCGCCGCCGCCCCCAACCACUGCAACUGGACCGGCGUCAGGUGCGCCACGGGCGGCGGCGGGGUCGUCACCGAGCUUACCCUGUCCAGCCUGAAACUCACCGGCUCCGUCCCGGCAUCGGUGUGCGCGCUCGAGAGUCUCACCCGCCUCGACCUCUCCUACAACAACCUCACCGGCGCCUUCCCCGCCGCCGCGCUGUACGCCUGCGCGGGGCUCAGCUUCCUCGACCUCUCCAACAACCAGUUCUCGGGCCCCCUCCCGCGCGACAUCGACCGCCUCUCGCCGGCGAUUGAGCACCUCAACCUCUCCACCAACAGCUUCACCGGAGUGGUGCCGCCCGCGGUGGCGGGGUUCCCGGCGCUCAGGUCCCUGGUGCUCGACACCAACAACUUCACGGGCGCGUACCCCGCGGCCGAGAUAAGCAACCUCGCCGGUCUCGAGACGCUCACGCUGGCCGACAACGCGUUCGCGCCGGCGCCCUUGUCUGCGGAGUUCGCCAAGCUGACCAACCUCACCUAUCUCUGGAUGGACAAAAUGAACCUCACCGGGGAGAUCCCGGAGGCUUUCUCCAGCCUCACGGAACUCACUACUCUGUCCUUGGCGUCGAACGAGCUCAACGGCUCGAUCCCGGCAUGGGUGUGGCAGCAUCAGAAGCUCCAGUGCAUCUACCUGUUCGACAAUGGCCUCUCUGGCGAGCUGACGCGCAGCGUGACGGCGUUGAAAUUGGUUCAGAUUGAUUUGUCGUCGAAUCAGCUCACCGGAGAGAUACCGGAAGACUUCGGCAAUCUCAAGAACCUCACCUACCUGUUUCUAUACAAAAACCAGCUCACCGGUACCAUCCCGGCGAGCAUCGGGCUGCUACCACAGGUCAGGGACAUCCGAUUGUUCCAAAACCAGCUUUCCGGGGAGCUCCCGCCGGAGCUGGGCAAGCACUCGCCGCUGGGCAACCUUGAGGUGUCCGUCAACAACCUCUCUGGCCCGCUGCGAGAGUCGCUCUGCGCCAACGGGAAGCUCUACGACAUUGUCGCCUUCAACAACAACUUCUCAGGCGAGCUCCCCGCAGAACUCGGGGACUGCAGAACUUUAAACAACCUGAUGCUCCAGAACAACAACUUCUCCGGCGACUUCCCGGAGAAGAUAUGGUCGUUCCCGAAGCUGACCUUGGUGAAGAUCCAGAACAACAGCUUCACCGGCACGCUGCCGGACCAGAUAUCCCCCAACAUUUCACGAAUUGAGAUGGGCAACAACAUGUUCUCCGGCUCCUUCCCGGCCUCUGCACCAGGGCUCAUGGUGCUCCAUGCGGAGAACAACCGGCUGGGCGGCGAGCUGCCGUCUGACAUGAGCAAGCUCGCCAAGCUUACUGACUUGUACGUGCCCGGCAACCGGAUCUCUGGCUCCAUCCCAACAUCGAUCAAGCUGCUGCAGAAACUAAAUUCACUCAUCAUGAGAGGCAACCGGCUGUCCGGCGCCAUACCGCCGGGGAGCAUCGGUCUUCUCCCAGCACUGACGAUGCUUGACCUGUCCGACAAUGAGCUCACCGGCAGCAUCCCGUCAGACGUAAGCAACGUGUUCAACUUGCUGAACCUGUCAUCAAACCAGCUCACCGGCGAGGUGCCGGCGCAGCUGCAGAUCGCGGCCUACGACCAGAGCUUCCUCGGCAACUGGCUCUGUGCCAGGGCGAACUCAGGCACGAACCUCCCGACGUGCCGAGGUGGAGGCCGGUGGAGCCACGACGAGCUUUCCAAGGGCCUGAUCAUCCUCUUCGCGUUGCUCGCUGCCAUUGUCCUCGUCGGCAGCGUCGGCAUUGCGUGGCUGCUCUUCCGGCGCCGGAAGGAGAGCCAGGAGGUGACGGACUGGAAGAUGACGGCGUUCACCCAGCUCAACUUCUCCGAGUCGGACGUGCUCAGCAACAUCCGCGAGGAGAACGUGAUCGGCAGCGGCGGGUCCGGGAAGGUGUACCGGAUCCAUCUCGGCAACGGCAACGCCAGCCACGACGAGGAGCGCGGCAUCGGCGGCGGCGACGGCAGGAUGGUCGCCGUGAAGAGGAUAUGGAACUCGAGGAAGGUCGAGGAGAAGCUGGACAAGGAGUUCGAGUCGGAGGUGAAGGUGCUGGGCAACAUCCGGCACAACAACAUCGUGAAGCUGCUGUGCUGCAUCUCCAGCCAGGAAGCCAAGCUGCUGGUGUACGAGUACAUGGAGAACGGCAGCCUGGACCGGUGGCUGCACCACCGAGACCGGGAGGGCGCUCCAGCGCCGCUGGACUGGCCGAUCAGGCUCGCCAUCGCCGUCGACGCGGCCAAGGGGCUCAGCUACAUGCACCACGACUGCGCUCCCCCGAUCGUGCACCGCGACGUCAAGUCCAGCAACAUCCUGCUGGACCCGGACUUCCAGGCCAAAAUCGCCGACUUUGGGCUCGCGCGGAUCCUCGUCAAGUCCGGCGAGCCCCAGUCCGUGUCAGCCAUCGGCGGGACAUUCGGGUACAUGGCUCCAGAGUACGGGUACAGGCCAAAGGUGAACGAGAAGGUGGACGUCUACAGCUUCGGCGUCGUCCUGCUAGAGCUUACAACCGGCAAGGUCGCGAACGACAGCGGCGCGGACCUUUGCCUGGCGGAAUGGGCAUGGCGACGGUACCAGAAAGGCGCACCGUUCGACGACAUCGUCGACGAGGCCAUCCGGGAGCCGGCCUACAUGCAGGAUAUCCUGUCGGUGUUCACGCUCGGCGUCAUCUGCACGAGGGAGAACCCGCUGACGCGGCCGUCGAUGAAAGAGGUCAUGCACCAGCUCAUCCGGUGCGAACAGAUCGCCGCAGAGGCAGAGGCGUGCCAGGUGAGCUACGAGGGUGGCGGUGGUGGCGGCGGCACACCGCUCCUCGAGUCGAGGAAGAAAGGCAGCCGGCGACGGAGCAUGUCUGACUCCGGCCGGUGGAACGACGACGACGACGAGGACAGCGGCAACUUCGUUGUGCACGUGGUGUAG